GCUGUUGGCUCUUGUCCUGGCUAAGAAUAAUAUAAUUAGUAAACCGGUUUUCUAGAGGACAGGAAACAGUUAAAGCCCCAGUAGCAGCUGCAAUCAUCUAGGCGUGGUUUAUUUCCUUGAUUUCUUGUUCUUCAGUUCCUUCACUGAUAUGCCGUACAGGGAGAUUUCUGUACUGAGACCCUCUCAAAUGGCUGAAUUAGACACAAUACCUCCAGUAGUUCAGUCCACUCCUCAGAUACCAGCACUGCGCGAUCCUGAUAUUGAGACAGAAAGCCACGAAGAGAAAGAGGAAAAUGAGAACACACGCAGUUCUGGAAGUGAGCCUAGGGGAAGGCUGGAGAAGACAGUGACUGGAUCUAAAAGGGAAGGAAGGAUUCCAGAGCAGGGGGCUCUUAGUAGUGGGGAGAAUGAGAUCACUUGUGACUUCUGCCUUGAGGGAAAAGUGAGGGCAGUGAAGUCCUGCUUGACCUGUAUGGUGAAUUAUUGUGAGGAUCAUGUUCGGCCCCAUCAGGAGAACAGCAAGCUGCAUAGUCACCAGCUGACCAAGCCAGUAAGGGAUACAGACCCACGCAACUGCUCAGCUCACCAGCGCCAACUUACUUGGUUUUGCUGCUUGGAGCAGCAAUGCAUCUGUGAAGAAUGUACCCAGGAAGACCACAGGGGCCACCCUACUCUCUCCCUAGAGGCAGUCAGGAGGGAAAAGCAGGCUGAACUUCAGCAGAUCCAGCUGGACUUUGACAGAAAAAUCAAAGCAACUGAAAAUGUCAUUGCCAGACUACAAGCUAACAACAAAUCAAUUUUGGAAUCAGUCUCUGAGAUGAAAGCUGUGGCAGAAGAGCAAUUUGGGGAGCUUCAUGUAGCAGUCAGGAAGGCCCAGGAAGAUGUACUUCUAUUUCUAGAAGAGAAGCAACAGGUUUCCCUGAGUCAGGCCAGUGGCAUCAAGAAACACCUGGAAAGCAAGUAUGCAGAGUUGGAAAACAGCAGGCAUGUGCUGGAGAUGGCCAACAUCACCAAUAAUGUCCUUUUCUUGGAGGAAUAUUGUAAAUUUAAGAAGAAUAUUGAGGAUAGUCCUUUCCCCAUUGUUCAUAUUGGAUUAAAGGAAAAACUUUCUGGCAUACAAAAGGCGAUCAUGGACUGCACAGGACAUUUAAUCCAACUUCUGCAGAACUACAAGGAAAAACUUGAAGAGUUUGCCAAGGAAGAAGAGUAUGAGAUCAGUACUCAAAUGUCUGCAGUUGUGCCCCACAAAUACUGGACUUCAAUACCUGAACCUAGCUGCAGAGUUGAUUUUCUCAAAUAUGCCUACCCCAUCACGUUUGAUCCUGACACAGCUCAUAGGUAUCUCAGGCUCCAGGAGGACAACCACAAAGUCACGAAUACCUCUCCCUGGCAACACCCAUACCCAGACCAUCCUAGCAGAUUUGAGCACUGGAGACAAGUGCUAUCCAAACAGAGUCUGUACUUAAACCAAUAUUAUUUUGAACUGGAGAUCAAAGGAGCAGGUGUUUAUGUUGGUGUGACUAAUAAGAAUAUAGACCGGAAGGGCUCAGAGAGCAAUAGUUGUAUCUCAGGGAAUAGCUUUUCUUGGAGUAUCCACUGGAAUGGGAAGGAGUUUAGCGCCUGGCACAGUGGCUCUGAGACUCCACUGGGGGUUGGUCAAUUCCAGAGGCUUGGGAUUUACCUGAACUAUGUAGGGAACAUUCUCUCUUUCUAUGGGAUUGACUUUGAUACUAUGGUUCUGAUUCAUAGGUUUAAUUGUGAUUUUGCUGAGCCAGUCUACCUUGCAUUCUGGCUUUCAAAGAAAGAUAGUUCAAUCCAGAUCAUAGAAUUGAGUGAAAAAGCAGAGAUCUUACUUUCUUUCCCAGUAGUUUCUCCUGCUUCCUCAGCAGAAGCUACUUCAUAGAAUUUAAAGGUCCAAGUCAAAUUCCUCUACCAAACAGACUAGAGACAGUGACUUACACUUGAAGAAUUAUUAUGGGACAAAUGUUAUUGGGGCUGUCCAACAUUAGAAAUCCUAGAAGUCAGAGAAGAAAAAAAAAAGGGGAUAUUGGUCUGUUCUACCCUAUGCCAUGCUGUGUUGUUCUGUACAGCAUGUUCUAAGACAUUUUCUUAAUUUCCCCUUUUGGCAUUCUAAAAUAGUAUUUCCUGAGGGCUCAGUCAUAUUGCGCUAGGCACUCUGAAUGGUUACUAAAACAUAUGUUAGAUUUUGACCUCCAGAAGUCAGUACUUGCUAAAAUAGUUCAUACAAUAUAAUUGAUAUGCCUAAUAUAUUAUUUCAGACUCUGAAAGGGACCAUAAAAGUUUCACAUUACACAAAAAUCUUCCCUAUAGUAUCUAUGACAGAGAUUUUGCUGUCUCACAAGAUAGGCCUUGGUUGUUGGAUGGCUUUGAUUGCUAGAAAGUUCUUCCUUAUGUUGAGCCAAAAAUCUACCUCCUUGUUAACAAAAGUGGAAACCCAUAGACUAUAUGGAGCUCAAAAAAUUCUUCUACCAAACAGCCUUUGAGACCUCUAGAAAGGUUAUAGUCAAGUGUGCUUUCUCUGAGACACUCCAGCAAAACUGAAAAAGAAAAAAUGCUGGUAAGAUCCUUCUUACAUCCAAGACUGCACAAGAAAUCAGUCAGGAGACUGUGGGUAUAUUGAUAAGGGAGUUUUUCAGUGAAGUCUGAAGCCAGUGUGAUAAUAUUAUCGAUAAAUCCUCUGUUGAAGUCAAUGAGAUCUGUGAUUCUGGCCUAAGUCAUAGCAGGAGACAAAGCCAACUUCCAGUAGUUGACUAACCAAGGAUAUGUACAUGGGCCAGAGGCAGUGGAAGACAUAGGGCCCUCACAGUACCCUGAAGCAGCAAGAUUUCUGAUAUAUAGACUCAAACCAGGGAACAAAGCUAAUCCUGAUAGGUAACAGUAGAGAAUGGAGGUGGAGAUAAGGUUGAGGGCAGUGUACUCAUGGAACCUCUAGGAAGUUGAGGCAGAGAAUAGGGAAAGGGAUUGAGGCAGAAGGCAGCCUUGUCAAUUCCUAAGCAAGCUUUCUUCCCCAGGCUGGAAAAAAAGCAGGAGGUACUAGGACUCAGCCACUUUAUCAAGAAUUGUGGCAGGAUAGUGGCAGCAUCAUCCAGAAUGCACCAGAGAUAGGAUCAGGACCCAUACCUCUCAUCCAAGAGUGUAGGAUGGGGCAGAACUUGGCUCUGGCACAAAGUCUUCACUCAGGAACUUAGACUUUCUUUACCAGCUUCAUUUCAUCUAAUAAAUUUUUUGUUUGUGCUAUGUAUUUAUUCUAAAUCUUUAAUAAAAAGAAUAUGUCAUGUCCAAGUAUA